CAAACGAGAAGACGCCACUGGCCUAGAAAGGCCCCCUCCGCCUCACCCGGAAGCGGAGAGGAAGAGAGCGGAGCGCUGCUCGGCGGAACCUGAGGUGAGGAGUAUAAAAUAGACUCUCCCCCCCUCCCCUCCGCUCCUCUUCUUCUAGCCCGGCGGUGCUGCCGCAGGAGGCGGUCGAGUCCACCUGAGACUGCGGGGGUGGAGAGAGAGAGAGAGAGAGAGGAAAAAAAAAGACGGCGUCUUUUUCCUUCCCCGCCUUUUAAUAAGCCGCGCGCGAGUCUUGAGCAGCAUCCAUGGCAGCGGACAAAGGCGGAGGUGAGGACAAAGCAGGCGCGGGCUGCCUCUUCGGGGCUGCCUCGGCUGUUUGCGGGGCUACUUGUUCUUCCUCAGGCGGAGGGGGGGGGGAGGGAGAAUAACCUCCUUUGGGUGGUCGUGGCGGAAUGAUCCCCCUUUCAGCCGCGGUUCCUCUGCCCUCAUUGGAUGGGGCGGGAGGGGUGCUGUGUGUACCUCCGCGCGGUUCUGGAAUGUAGGGCCGGCGGACGGGGUGAGGCGUCGCCUUCUCAGGAGCGGGGAUGCGAGGGGCAGCUUCGCCUAGUGGUCGCUGCCGCCUGGGGAAGAGGCUCAAGUUGCGGGUUUUAUCCCGCCUCCUCUUCCCCAGCCCACAAGGGGAGUAAACAACAACUAAAACAUGAGGGGGCCCAACCUGACAGUUGAGGUUCCUGCAUUGCGGGGUGUUGGGGGGGGGUUGGACUAGGCGACCCUCCGUGGUUCUGUACUGUUACAGAGGGUCCCUGCUGUGUGGCCUAAUGGUUAGAGUGUUGGAGUACAGCCUUGGGAGGACAAAUGCCUCACUCGGCCACAAAGCUCUCUGGGGUGAGGUUGGAGGCCUAGCCUACCUCGCUGGGUUGUUGACAGGAUGAAACGGAGAGGAGGGGGACCGUGCGCACCACCUUGAGGUCCUUGGAGGGUAAAGGUGGUAUGUAAACGUAGCAAAUAAAACAGAAAUAAAUGAAAGAGCUCCUUGUGAGAGGGUGCUGGCAGGUGCGCUUGAUUGCAUUUAUAUUCUGCUUUUCUUCCACUAUGGAUGUUCAGGGGGCAACUAAAAGGGCUUCUCAGGCCCAUACUCCAAAAGAACCUGCUGCCGGGGGCUAUGCUGCUGCCCCUUCCCAGAGAAGUUGUGUCAGCUGGUGGUCAGCAGCUAUUUCUGAUACAGUGGUACCUUGGGUUCCAUACGCUCCAGGUUACAGACUCCGUUGACCUAGAAAUAUUACCUCGGGUUAAGAACUUUGCUUCAGGAUGAGAACAGAAAUCGUGCUGCGGCGGCGCGGCAGCAGCGGGAGGCCCCAUUAGCUAAAGUGGUGCUUCAGGUUAAGAACAGUUUCAGGUUAAGAAUGGACCUCCGGAACGAAUUAAGUACUUAACCCGAGGUACCACUGUACAUAUAUAUAUGUAUGUGUGUGUGUGUGUAUAAAACAUGUUUGUUUUGAACUGCAUUGCAUAUCGAAUUAUGGUUGGUUUGUUUUUCACUUCAUAUGCUCUUGUGUUUUGUAUAUAUUGUAUUGGUAGAAAUCUCAUUUGCUCAUUUUUAAUUAUUAUCAUGAGCUGCUUUGAGCUCAGUGUUGCUGGAAAAGCAGCAUGCGGGCAUUCAAUCAAAUCAAAACAAAACAUGCCCUGGGAGUUUCCCUGUACAUCCUCUGUGCAGUGCAGCACUCUUGUACCUUGGGGGGCAUAAUGUAAGGAACACAAUGAAUUAGCCUGGGCUCCAGUGCUGUUUCUCUUGUGGCUAGUCAGCUCUCUAUCUGAACUGAUAAAUGUGCCUGAGAAUCCUCUGACAGUGCAGUGAGGUCAGUCCCUAGACCCAGUUUGAGGACUUGGUUGAGGUAGUGACAAGAUGUAAUAGGGAACAGGGUAUUCCGGCAGGUGCCAUCUUCCAGAGCUAUUGUGCUAUAAUAAAACAAUCAUUUAUUUUUUAAAAAAACUACUACAGUGGUGCCUCGCAAGACGAAAUUAAUCCGUUCCGCGAGUCUCUUCGUCUAGCGGUUUUUUCGUCUUGCGAAGCAACCCUAUUAGCGGCUUAGCGGAUUAGCGCUAUUAGCAGUUUAGCGGCUAUUAAAGGCUUAGCGGCUUAGCGGCUAAAAGGCUAUUAGCGGCUUAGCGGAUUAGAAAAAGGGGGGGGGGGAGCGAAAAAAAUCUCAAGACUCCCAAGACAUUUUCGUCUUGCGAAGCAAGCCCAUAGGGAAAUUCGUCCUGCGAAGCGCAUCGAAAAACGGAAAACCCUUUCGUCUAGCGGGUUUUUCGUCUUGCGAGGCAUUCGUCUUGCGGGGCACCACUGUAAUAGCAAAACGGCCUCUGGGAAACCAGUGCAAUGGCAUCAAAACCAGUGCAAUGGCAUCAACAUGGGCAAUCAAAUACUGUAUUUUAUUUAUACCCCAGGUUUCAUCACCAAUAGAUCCACGAAAAGGUACAAUAUAGUAAGAAGAGGCUUGGGAUUCAAGCUUUUUUUCCUGCAGGUGAAAGAUACGAGCUGCAGUUGGAAUGGGACUGACCAAUCUACAGAAGCAGCUGUUUCAAUGAUCUAUAAUAGAGAGAAGAGUUCUCUGUGACCACACAGUUCAAACAACUUUCAAAACAAUAACAUAUUGAUCUGGCACCUACAGGCUGGCAUAAGAGGAAUCUAGACAAGUUUUCUUAAAGCCUGGAUAGAACCACUGUUACACCACUAUUUGAUAUGCAAUGUGGUAACACAGAGGAGAGCCUCAGCUGAAGACUUAAGUAUGCAAGUAGGUCCCAACUAGGAUUUGGGAGGAGGUGAUCCCUUAGAUAUUCACAUCCUAAAACUUUUAGGUCUGUAAAGGCCAAAACCAGGGUUUUGUAUUUGAAGCUAAUGAAGCUGGUAUAAUAUCAGUAUACAAAAAUAAAAUAAAAUUGCUAAUAUGCUUUCCAUCAGUUGGAAGUGUCAGAACACUUCAAAGGCAGCCCCAAAUAGAACACAUUGAAGUAAUCUAAUCUGGUUGUAAUCAAGGAAUAUGUAAUAGAAGCCAGAAUGGCCUUUUUCAUCAGAGUUCAACCUAAACUGGGCAAAAACGCUGUAAAGGUGAACUUGGAUUUUCCUGUGGACUUUGUAAGGGAAGAAAUGUCAGACUUCACUUUUUAUUAGAACUCUGAGGUCCACGAACUCGAGUCUUUUGCAAAAUACAGGCUCAGGUGUAUGCAUGUGUGCUAGGAAUUAAGGAACAGGGUUCCUCUUUGCACAUGUCGAAACAAAAUAAUAAAAUUUCUUCCAGUAGCACCUUAGAGACCAACUAAGUUUGUUAUUGGUAUGAGCUUUCAUGUGUAUGCACACUUCUUCAGAAUACAGUAACAAACCUAGUUGGUCUCUAAGGUAGUACUGGAAGGAUUUUUUUUAUUUUGUUUCGACUACAGCAGACCAACACGGCUACCUACCUGUAACUAGAUCUUUGCAUAUGCUUACUCCAGAAAUUUGUGAUCCCUACCAGAACCAAGCUGACAAGUGCUUUCACUUAGGGAAAACUAGGAGUGUAUUUCUAAGUUUUCAUUUUCAGCAGUCUAUUGCAAAUAGCUUUUUAGUUGUUUCGGCUGUUGAUGUGUUGGGAGUUCGAUAUGCUUCUCAUCUUAACUGCAAAUCACCCAUACAUCUCCCAGCAAAUCUGAUCUACAUUCCACCAAACCCUUCUGUAAGGUGCCAAGCAAGCCGCACUAUUUACCCACAUACUUAAGUUUCUCAUUGACUUAUUUAUUUCAACCUGCUGUUCUUAAUACCUGAACCUUUAAAAGCAAGGGUUCAAAAUUACAGAAUUCAGUAUUCUCUCAGAAAAAAUAUGCUUGGAGCACGAGCAUGAACACAAUAUGAUUUAAGCUUUGCUUAGAAUGGUUUGAAACUAUGCUUGGAGUUAGCUGUUGUUUGAAACACUUGUGUUGCAGAUCAGGGAGCAGAAAAACAUGAAGCAGCAGGGACAUCAUCUGGGAUUACUGACCAAGAGAAGGAGCUCUCAAACAGUGCUCUGCAAGCAUUCAUGGUAAGGCAAUUCUUGAGAUAGCAAAUAUGUAUGUCAUACACAUGUAGUGUGAUAGAUAGUUUUUGGAAGCAAAGUGUGGAGCUAGUAUGAUUUUGAGGAGCAGCUUAUUUCACAUCAUAGGCACUGCUUCUUGUAAAGAAUAAAUUCAGACAUCCCAAAAGGUAUAGAAUACCUCCAGCCUUUAGUCUGACGUUUUUGCAGGGGAAAUUUGAUAGAUCUUUCCACUCUAGCAAUCCUUUUAAUAUUUUGGUUUCUGCAUAGUUCAGGCUGCUAGCUAGGCAAAUAUUUCCCACUGAGGUAGGAAAAGGAGACGGGCGGAGGGAUUGCACACAUGACUUGUUCCAGAUUGGAAAAUGUGACAUCUGCCUGUGCUCCUCUGUAAAUUAGAAGCAGUGUUUUGGAAUUCUAAGCUGGGUUUUGAUUUUUAAAAUGUGUCUAUUUAAACAUUGCCUUUUCAACUGUGAUCCUUGCAGGCUGGCAACUAUGAAGCUUGUCUACAACACCUUAGCUGCUUGCAAGAAAUUAACAAGGAUGAUUACAAAAUAGUUUUGAACAUGGCAGUAGCAGAGUUCUGUAAAAGUAAUCAGACGACAACUGACAACUUGAAACAAACACUUAAUCAGCUGAAAAACCAGGUAUUGCUUGCUUGCUUGUUUGUUGUUUCCGCCCUCUUUUUUGUAAAGGGUUCCUUGUGAUUUGCACAAAUAUUUCUCGUCCCUCCAUAAUCCUGCAAAAAGUCAUUUCCAAAAGGCAAUGGAAUCUUGAAGGCCAGAGCAGGUACUGCAGGAAGUUCUUUCUGUUCUUAUUUCUGUUUGUAAGUAAACUAUCAUCUUGUAUUUGGUACAUUCUGGGGUGCUUUGGGAAAUGGCAAUAGCAAGUUACAUUUUCACGUAGACCAGUCUGUAGCACAUACUGAUUUAACAGUACUUUUUUUAUUUGGUCAUAAAUGGAGGAGUGGGUAAAAAAAAAGGGCUGUGUUUUUAUCCCCCAGGUUCAUUCAGCUGUUGAGGAAAUGGAUGGAUUAGAUGAUGUUGAAAACAGCAUGCUUUACUACAAUCAAGCUGUUAUUUUGUACCAUCUUCGGCAGUAUACUGAAGCAAUAAUAGUUGGAGAGAAGCUUUAUCAAUUCAUUGAACCUUUUGGUAAGUUGACAGAGGUAAAAGGCUCCUGUUCCUAGUCUCCCCUAUUUCAGAUUUCAUGCAACUUUUGCUUGAGAAAGCUAAUUUGUAUUCAUUAUAUUUAAAAUUACAUAUCUAGUCAAGAAAAUAGUUCAAAACCAAUUGAACAUAUUUUUCUCUCAUGCAUAUAACAAUAGUAUAAUCACAGGAGCAAAUAUGUAGCUGCCUGUGUUCAGAUACCUCUUCAUAUGCACAACUUCAGAAGUUUGCAGAAGCUGCUGUCUAAUUAUGUGCACUUGUAUGACUAGCUUUAAACUGAAAGCAUUAACAAAGUCAGUAUUUAAACCAGAAAAGUAUUGUGGUGGUUGGUUUUCAUAAGUAAUCCUUAAUGUAAAUGUGAAAAUCACCUGCAUUUGGGACAGGUUUAGUAUCCUUGAACUAGUUUUAGCGAACACUAUCAAGGAGAGGACUAAAUGUUUGUUAUUUUGUCUUCUAGAGGAGAGAUUUGCCCAGGCAGUGUGCUUCCUGCUUGUAGACUUAUACCUGCUGACUUGCCAAGCUGAAAAAGCCUUGCAUCUGCUUGCUGUAUUGGAAAAAAUGAUUUUACAAGGUGGCAACAACAAAAAUGGGAAAAAUGAGGUAGGUCUAGGAGAAUAUAGAGGAAAUGUAGUAAUUUAAGAAUGCUUGUCCAGCUAAACCUUAAUUGGCCUUUUGAAACGAUAGUGGAAUUUCAUAUAGUUCGGAUUUGGAACUGUUCACAUUAAUAAGUAAACUUAUUUUUAACAGCAUAGGAAUCCUUUAUUGUAGCCAAACUGUUUUCUGGUGGCCUCUUAACAAUUUGUGUUUUGUUUUAUUUUCACACAGGUGUUGCUUUUGAGAGUCACAGCUGCCAUCUCAUAGGCUUUUCUCUGUGACUGUUUUUGUGGCAAUGCCUUCAUUAGGUUGAUUAGGGUUGGAGGGCUACUCCUUCAUGAGAUGCUUCAGGAAUUAUGAACUAUGUGUCAUGUAACACCCACAAUCAUCUGCUUUAAAAUCUGACAAUUGUUUCAUCUCUUAAUUUGUGAUCAGACAGGUAAUAACACUAGUAAGGAAACUUCCAAUCACAAAGCUGAAAGUGGAACCCUGACAGAAGCUGCUAAGUCUAAAAUUCAUCAGGUAAGACUAAAUAUAGGGCUUUUUUUAUUCUAUAUGACACUUUAGAAGGUACUACAUGCUGUUUUGCAUUUUUCAAGUGACCCAAGGCUAGGACAUAUGUGUAAUUAUUUCCAUUCCACAGUCACUCCAAUGUAUAUAUCUGUAAGAGUAGCUUUGUUGUGUACUGGCCUGUGUUAGAUACAGCUCACAGCAACUAUUUUUUUCUGGCAAACAUUGUGCUCAAUCUAGUCACUCUGAUUGUGGAAAUAGUUGCUGUCCUUCGUUAUCAAUAUCCAUGUGCAGGUCAGUUCACAGCAAGUUUCUCGGCAUAAUUAUGUACCCAGAAGGUAUUAUUACGUGGACAAAAUAGGCAGCCACUUAGAUGUGUGAAUUAGUCUUUAGUUUCAGUAUUUCAAAUCGUUACGCCUAUUUUGCAAGCAUAUAAUACAGUUCUAACCUUUUGCUUUGUAUAUCCUUUACUAAUGAAAUAUACUAAAGUGUAGUAUGGAUUUUCUGAUGACCCUUAAACAAUGUUGGUGGGCUAUUUUAAUUAGCAAUUUAGUUUAGUUCACAAUUCCUCAACUGUGUUAAGGCUUCAAUUUAUCUUCAAAUAUUCAAUUUUGAACAUAAACAUGUUUUAACCUUUGUUCAGCAAAUUGUGUAUCAUGGCAUGUCACUGUAUAUUGUUCCCCAAAUACAAUAAUUAAUUUCUGAGUAGCAGUCGUAGUUUUAUUUCAGUUUCAUGAGAUCACUUAUUCAUUAACAGUAUAAGGUGCGAGCCUAUAUUCAGAUGAAGUCUCUGAAAGCAUGCAAGAGGGAGAUAAAAUCCGUUAUGAACACCGCUGGAAAUGUAAGUAACCAUAACUGUUGGUUUAAGUCACAUGUUUGUAUUUUUAAAGAAUCAUUCAUUCAUCAUAGCAUUUGAUGGACAGAUCGUAAUGUGGAAGGGAGACAUUGAAAAUAAAGAUUCUCUUUUAGGAUUUGAGAAAAUGACAUAGUUGGGACUUCUAGAGUCCCAACCUGAUUCUGGAUUGUUAAUGAUAUAACUAUUCAUCUAGUUUAUACAUCUGUGAUAGGACUUGGCAGUUUAAGAUACCGUAGCUUUAUAGGUGAUGAUUGAUUUUGUAGAUUCUAAUGUUUCAUUUAAAGAUUUGAACUUGUACUCGGUUAGGUUUUAGCAGCAGAAUAAGAGUUCUAAAAGCCCCCCCCCAAUCACAUUUCUUCAAAGAGGUCAGUGCCCCAAAUACCUUCCGUCCCAGUUCUUCCAUUACUACCAGCCAAGAAGGGGUCGGGGCACCAAUACAGGACUGGUCUCCUGGUGCCAUUGUCACUGCUGCUUAGCAGGGCAGAGCAACAAGGUUGGGUGGUAUGAGUAAACCAAUGAGAGCACCUGAUUGGCUCAGCUGGUCCCCCUUCCCUUGCAGCCUCCCUGCCUUGCAGGGGGACUUGACCUUGCCGCUGUCUCUCCCCACUGGCUGCUCUUGCUUCCAGCUUCACUUCCCUGCACUUCUGAAUUCCUUUGGAGUAAGUUUCUCUGUUGUAGCUAUUUCUCUUAAGCAGCCUCUCAAUUUUAUGACCCCCUGCUUAUGUCAGCAGUCCUUCAGGCCACACUGCAAGUCCUGCUUGGACUGGUAAGUGAUGGCUUUCUGGCUGAUGGAUGUGCAGUCACUUCUGAGCAUACUGUUUCUCUCAUGUAGAUAACUGGAGUAUCCAACCACACUAAAUUUCUCCCUACGAGUAACCAUGGAUAUUGUUCUCUUUACAGUCUGCUCCUUCUCUCUUUCUGAAAAGCAAUUUUGAGUAUUUAAGAGGCAAUUAUCGGAAAGCAGUAAAGCUGCUGAACAGCUCAAACAUCGCAGAACAUCCGGGAUUUAUGAAAACAGGUACCUUAAACUUAUACGUUUGCAAAAACGGGGCUUCAUUUCACAUUUUAAUUCCCUUUCCUUGAAUUGGUGUAAAAUGCUUGUGUGGACAGGAGUAUCUCUAGUAGAUUUCUUCCUAUAUACAUAAAAAUGCAACGCUGUCAUCACACAGCCCCCAUUGGAAAAUUUGCAUAAACUCAUAGGAGGGGAGCAAAAGAGAGUGCGGGUUUUAAAAUGGCAGUUUUGAACAACAGCAGAGGUUUCAAUAAAGCAGGACUAGAAGGAUACAAAGGUGCUAUGAGGAAAUGAGGGCAUUGGCGAGCAAAACGAGCAGCGGUGGCAGUCCCUGUGGGCCUUUAAAAAAAAAUCAAAAUCCAGAAUUUCAUUUAUUUAUUUAUUUUUUUCUUAGGUGAAUGCUUACGGUGCAUGUUCUGGAAUAACCUUGGGUGCAUCCAUUUUGCUAUGGGGAAACACAACUUGGGAAUUUUCUAUUUCAAAAAGGCCUUGCAGGAGAAUGACAAUGCCUGUGCACAGCUUGGAACAGGUGGCUCCGACACAGGUAAGGUCGACUAGUAAUAAAACACGCUGCAGCAUUGGCAAAUUGUAUUUUUAUGGGCCUAUACAGUGGUGCCCCGCAAGACGAAUGCCUCGCAAGACGGAAAACCCGCUAGACGAAAGGGUUUUCCGUUUUUGAGUUGCUUCGCAGGACGAAUUUCCCUAUGGGCUUGCUUCGCAAGACGAAAAUGUCUUGCAAGUCUUGAGAUUUUUUUUUCGCUUUUCCCCCCUUUAUCUAAUCUGCUAAGCCUUUAAUAGCCUUUAAUAGCCUUUUAGCAGCUAAUCCGCUAAGCCUUUAAGCCUUUAAUAGCCGCUAAACCGCUAAUAGCGCUAAUCCGCUAAGCCGCUAAUAGGGUUGCUUCGCAAGACGAAAAAACCGCUAGACGAAGACUCUCGCGGAACGGAUUAAUUUCGUCUUGCGAGGCACCACUGUAAUAUAAGCAUGAAAUGGCUCCCUCCCACAAUUGAAAUACUUCAGUAUCGAAAAACUACUUAAUAUGUGACUUCUUAAUAUGUAGAAUUGUAUUUUCCAACCUAUUUUUCCAGCUAGACCACAUAAUGCAAAAAGCAGAGCCUCAGUUCUUCCAAAUGUUUAAAUAGUAACCAAUUUAGUGCAUCACCUAAAUUUAUAAAGGAGUUAGCCAGACUUUAUAUGUAUUUUAAGUACCAGAUAGACUCCUUACAAGAACUGCAUGAGGAAAGUGGGAGGUUGCACUCAUUGGCCUCACCUCUCUCAUAUCUCUGGUGGUCAUGCUACUGUUGCACAUGCAAGCUGCUCCCUAACGUUUUGAGCCCUUAUCUAAAGUUCUCCCUCCAGCAAUCCUGCUUACCAUAAGCGAAUAACUUUGAGAGAUGCAAAGCUAGUAUGUAUAGAGUGCACAAGAUAUGUUGGGUUCCUUGAAUUGGAAAAUUGUCAUGGCAUGAAGAAUUGACCACAUUAGUGCAGCCUCAACUCAAAUAAAAAAGAGGGUUUUUUUGGGAGGGGGGAGAAUUUGACUUGGUCUUAAGUGACAGGAUUCAGAUCCCUACUUUCGCUAUAAAGUAAUUUGUGCAUCCAAGUGCAAGUCACUCGUUAAAAUAUGAUUAUCUAUGUCAUGAAGAGGUUAGUGGCCGUGGUAAAGCAGUGAUUAUAUUAAUUCUAGUUUUGGUUAGCUCCAGCGUGACUUGUCUUUGGAUACAGGUUAAUUAACCUAUUCCUUUUCCAGCAGUGUCCUUUUUGCACUUAAUGUUAUCUGAUUCUUUUUCACAGGUAAAAAGUUCUCAGGACGACCAAUGUGCACCUUGUUAACUAACAAGCGUUAUGAGUUGCUGUAUAACUGCGGCAUUCAGCUCUUGCAUAUUGGGAGACCGCUAGCUGCUUUUGAAUGCCUGAUAGAAGCCGUCCAAGUUUAUCAUUCGAACCCUCGUCUCUGGCUGAGGAUAGCCGAAUGCUGUAUAGCUGCCAAUAAAGGAGUAAGAUGAACCCUACAAUUUUUUUUUCUAAUCAGAAAUAGUUUAAUAGCACAUACAUACAAAAAUGCAGUUCUGGGAGUUUAAUAUUUUUUUAACCCUGCUGUCCUUUGUUAAGUCCACAGUAUUGUCAGCUGCUUCAGUAUCUUUGUGGAACAACCUGAAAAUCCUAGUGAGAAGCCAGGUCUUUAAAUACUCUGGGAAACUAUUAAAGAGAGUUAUCACCAUCUUCUUCAGGUUGUUGAAAGGAGCCAUUUUUGAUUAUAGGAAAACAACUGCACUUCCAUUUUGUUCCUUGUGAGCCUCUUUGGUUGAUUUGCAUCAUCUGCAUAUUUCAGUUUCUGAUUUUAGAAACAGCUUCUGUGUUGUGCUGUAUGGUAUGCUAGGCUUGGUUUGGACAUAAUUCUGGACAAUUGCUUACCAUUACAUCCAUGAGCAGCAGCAAAGUUUAGUAUCACAUGGUUCUCUCUUCCCCUUGCAUACCCAUGAAGAGAUUAUAAGCUUCCACUUUUAAGCUGACCAGUUACUCUUUAUAUCCGAACUAUGGGAAUGAUGGUUUGCUAAUAUGCAAGGAUCAUGGGCUAAGGUUUGGUGUGUUUGAACAAACCAUAGUUUAACCUAGUUUCAGUUUCCGAAACUUAGUUUAAAUGCAGAAGUGUAAGCAUUUACUAUUGCAGCAGUGGUGGAAGAGAGGGAAGUGGAAAGUUGACUAGCCAGCUUGUGCCCACAACACUGAAAUGUAGUUUAACAUGAUGUCGAAAAAGGAUGUUGGUGUUAAUGCCCAAUUAGGUGGGUGUUUAAAUAAGAGUGGUUGAAUUUGGUCGGUGAGCUAGCAAUCAAUCCUGGAAUAAUCUUUGUAUUAUUCAGGUUUAGAUUCUGUGUCUGCAGAGUUGGCUUUCUGAAAGUGGGCAGAGACCAUCUACUGAGUUGCAGCCUGACCUAAAUUGGUUCACAACAGCAGUACUACCACCAUACAGUAGCAAAUAAUAAUUAAGAACAGGGGGGUUAACACUUUUGGUUUUGAGAGAUGGAGUGUUAUUCAUGCUUCAUCUCUGAAAUGUAGCAUGAGGUCAGGGAGAAGCAGGAGGGCCUUUGCCAUAUCCUCCAGCUUAAAGCUUGUGAGCGUAAUAGCGGUGUGCUGUUGUUUUUUUCUGCUCUGGUUUCUGUUGGCUGCCUGCUUUCAUUCAGCAAGCAUAGAGCUAAAACAAAUCACAGGCUCCCUCCCAUGGCCAGCUCAUGGAGAAGGUGGAGAUCAAGAUUGUUGGACCCUGAUUAAGGUGGGACCCCAAAUAUAUGUUGAGACUAAAAGUGGCUAGCUGGUGUAUAUCAUAUUUCCACUUAAGUUAAUAUAGUGUUUCAGACCCGUUAAAAACAAAUAUUUUCUAAUAACACAAUGGAAACCAUUCAGCAUGCUCAAAAGAGCCUGGUAGAAUGAUGGCGAUAUAGGAAUACAACUUAACACCUUGAGUUGAAUCAGGCUGGUGGUGCAAGUGCAAACAAGAGUUUUAUGGGCUUUUAUCUUUUUCUUUAAAAAGAGACUUAGAUUUCCAGGCAGGAAAGGACAUUGUUUGCUCUUCCUGGGACCAUGUUAAAUUGGUUUGGGACUGAUUGCUUUUAAUGCCUUCGUAGAUUCCUGCAAUGAAUUCCUGAGUUGAGGUCUGACCUUAGUAUUGGCAAUCUUUUUUGUGGGUGUAGUCUGCAUGUAAACUGGCUUGUAAUAAGUACAAUUGAAAUUGCUAUUGUGCCUAGAAAAAUGGGAAUAUAAUGCAGAGUAUAAAGAUGCUAUGGAAAGAAGGAACAGAAUACUGAAUAGCAGCAGCUAGAGAAAAUGCCAGUCUUUAUCUAAUAAAUAUUCCUCUUGAUGCCUUAAAUGUUUGUUCCCUAGAGUUCAGAACAAGAAACAAAAGGACUUCCAAGCAAAAAGGGCAUUGUACAGUCCAUUGUAGGUCAAGGAUAUCAUCGUAAAAUAGUAUUGGCAUCCCAGUCUGUACAGAACAUUGUUUAUAAGUAAGUUGUGCAAUUUUACAUUGCUGUUAUCUGAAAGGGAAGUUGCUGGUUGGCUGAAAACAUUUCCAAAGUGCUCUUUCUUGGUGCUAUUCUUUUAUUUCUUUAAGUAUUAAUUUUCAGCCAAUCAUGUGAAUGGAAAUGCUUUGCAUUGCAAUGUUUACAAGGCUCCUUUGUGUAUGAGAAAAGUUAUGUUGGCUGGCCCUCUUUGCAUGUCACAGUAAACCGCAGUUAAUGAUUUCCCAUGAAUACGCAGGUCCCUCCCACUUUGCUCCUGUAGGGUGAGUGAGAGCAACAAACAGCAAUCCCUGUGUUUUGUCCAAACUGGGGGUUGUGAUUGAACACUAUUGUCUUUUGUUGCUUCCACUUGUGCAGCAUGGGUGAAGCAGGAGCAAUCUGUAUGCUCAUGGGAAACCAUGAACUAUGGUUUGCUGUAGUGUGCAAAUGCUGUGCGCUAUGCCUCAAAUUUGAGUUCCUCUUGCUUACGGAACACACUUCUUUAUAAUUGGCUAUGUGGCAUGAAGUGGAACCUGGACAGGGAAUCUAGUCAGAUGGGUUUAGUAAACAAUUUAGCACAAUUUGUAUAGCUUUGUUCUCCAAGGGCGCAGAAAAAGCAAAAUUACUACUUUGCUAGGUUAUGGGAUUUAAGGGACCAUCUUAAAUUUAGUGGUAAUAAUCCUGUACACCUGUACUGUACUGUAAACCUUCAAAAAACGAGCUUGAUGCUUUUUUUCUUGACUUUAAAUCAUCUGGGAGUUUAUUUACACAGGAUUCUUGAAACUUCUCUAAGACAUAAUUGUGUUUAUUUCUUUAUAAUAUAGUUUAUUCAGAAACAACUUAAAACAGGAAUACAGUAUUUCAUGUAAACCCAAGCUGCUGUAGAUUAAGAAGAAGAUUUUGACUUCCUGACUCAUAAUCCUUGCCUAUAUUAAUGUAGUACAAAGAGCAUCAAUAUACUUUUUUCCCUGUUUUCAAGUGAUGGCCAGUCUUCAGCUAUUCCUGUAGCUAGUAUGGAGUUUGCAGCAAUUUGUCUAAGAAAUGCCUUGCUGCUGCUUCCUGAAGACCAGCAGGAGCCAAAGCAGGAAAAUGGAUCUAAAAUUGGCAACCAGUUGGGAGGGAAUAAUGAGAACAGCGAGAACAAUGAAGCUUGCAGGUGAGUGCUGCGUCAGAUGUUUCUAUUGCUUGUUUCACUAAGUGUCUUGCCCACAACUCUAAAAAGAAAUUUUGUGGCUGCUAACAGAGUUAGGAUAAUUGAAUACGGAGAAAAAUGGGGGUAGUGAAAAGUGGUUUGAAAACAAAUGUGUUGCACGUAAAUAAAAUCUAGCAAACCUAAGGUGUUGCUGAAGGUGUUGUAACUAUACUAUUACUCUUCCUUUUUUUAUGUUUCUAUUGGUGUGUAUUCCAGAUACUGGCCUUUUUUUCCAGAUAUUAGCCUUUUUUCCAUGGAGGCCCUCAACAGCAGCCCCUUUCCUGUUCCUCUUUUUUCCUAAGGCCUAAGCAAAUGUUACUGGUUGUUAACUUUCCAAGCCUCUCAUCAUUUCACAUUUCUCAAGCUGUUAACAUUGCUACUCACUCUCUGUCUUUGUUUCAGUAGCAAAAGCCACGAAGGAGACAAAUUCGUUCCUGCUCCACCAUCUUCUCCACUGAAGAAGCAAGAACUAGAAAAUUUAAGGUAGGUGCUAAGAUUUCUGGAUGUGCUGCCAGACAGCGCAGUUACAGUAUUCUGUGGACUUUGUUUCUGAAAGAAAGCAAUCUAAGUUUGCUUUCCCUAAUAUAAGAGAAAUCUCGAGUACAAAUUAUUUUAAUGACAUUUUAUAUGAACGUAUGCUAACGAUACCUUAAUGGAGGUUCUAUACUUAAUUUAGACCGUUUAUACAGAUUCCUGGCUCCAUAUAUAUCCACCAUAAAAGUUUUUUCAUGUAGCUAUUAAUAAGCAGUAAAUAGAUUGAGCAGCCUCAGCCUAACUUCAUGCUGUGGAAAAAAGGGGAAGCCUGGGGUGGCCCCCACUAUGGACUUUGGCCCGCCAGUAUGUGGCCUCUCAACAGAUAAUCCCACUCUAAAGAAAAAAGCUCAGAAGAAGAAAACUUCCCCACCCUUGCAGUAAGUUGUGUCACCUCCUAGAAGCUGGAAAGCGCUAAUUAAAUUUAAACUAAUUAUAAUUGGGAGAAAUGUACUUUUUUCUAGCAUGUUCCCACAAUGCAAGACAAGAAGAACAACAAACCUGUAGUUACGUGAAACAUACUCAAUAAGCACACAAGACGUAACCGGCUGUACUUUUUGUUACAGUUCCAUAGAGUCCUUUCACAGGACCACUACUAUGCUGUAAGAUCCACUGUCCUGUAAUAUUACAUAUGAGCCUGUUCUACUGAAGAAGCCUAGGAUGGUGAAACAAGGCUAAUAUUCUGGAAAUCCUUGUCUUAGACUCUGUGAAAGGAUUCUGUGGAACUGUAACAACCCUUCAUGUGGAUAAUUGGACUCUAUGAACAGACAGGUGGAAUAGACACUUAUACAUGUAUGGACCUUAUGCAUGAACUGACUAGAGAAUGAACUGAUCUACUAGGUCUUCUGCUUUUUUCAUUGAACUUUCUGAAACUUCCGUUGAAAUCUACAAUUUGAUACAAUGAAUACCUUAUUUAUUCAAAAAUACAUCCAGUUACGUCUUGUGUGUUUAUUGAGUAUGUUCCUAUAAUGCAGGCAUAGGCAAACUCAGCCCUCCUGAUGUUUUGAGACUACAAUUCCCACCAUCCCUGACCACUGGUCCUGUUAGCUAGGGUUGCAACUGCAGAAACUCCCCCUCUCAUUCUGUAAUUGGUGUUUGGCAGUGUUGAUAAAGAUGUUAAACCUGGGUCUCCUCCCAGCACUAGCAUCCUCUCCACUUUCUCCCCAAAAUAUUUUCAUUGUGGUGGUCCUGCAUCCAGGUGGAAUCUAGUAAUCCUGAGUACUAGUUAGAAUGCUCAGACCCAGAUAGUCAUCGGGACAAAACUUCUGCAUUGCGGGAUAAUUGGUGGCAUGAGAUUCAAAGGAAAGCAAGCUGCCUAUGAAACAUUACUGUGGUAGGUUUCCACUGGUGUUCACAUGCUGUUAAAUAUUUCACUGGAAAUGGUGAUUAUCUGAGAGGCGCAAGGGAGAGGAAGUUAAAAUUUCAUUAUGCCAACGUAGUACUCCUUUUGUCCUAGCUUAUUAUAUAGGCACAAGUUUCAUCAUACUGAGCAUCCAUAUAUAGGGGAAUCAUGUAUAUGCUGCAUUUCCUUGCAAAGAGGUACAUCCUCCUACAUAAAUCCAUGCACUUUCCUAAAUGUGGGAAUAGCUGCAUUGGUGUGUUUCCAGUUUGUUUUCUGCUUUGAUCCAUUCAUUUUGGGUACAUGUAUGGGAAUUAACUUCUGCAUGUAAAUACCAGGCAUGGCCAUUCUCACACUAUAGCGGAUGUGUGCCCUUGAAUGUGAAUUCAGACUGGCAUAUCUAGAAAUGUAAUGUGGAUAUGAAUUCCUAUUGCAGCAUUUAAAGGAAACUGUAUUUGGACUAAGUUUUUUCUCAGUUACUUAAACCAGGGGCGAAACUAGGCUUUAAUUUACCCAGGUCAAAGACCCAGUUUGGCACCCCUCUGGAGGUUUCACCCAGAGCAGAAAAACAGGCUAGCCCCCCCACCCCCACCCCCAGUUACGGCUCUGCUUAAACAUUACUAAUUGGUAGUUACUAUGAAUGCCAUUAAACCAAGUUUUACUAAAGAGUAGGCCUAUUGAAAUCCGUGAGCCUAGCAUAGAUGUGUUCAUUAAUUUUAGUGGGCCCCUCUGAGUGAAACUUAAUUGAAUGCCACCCCACAAUCCCGCAAGUGGAAGGUUUUGGUGUAAAGGAAGUAUACAGUGCCAAGGCUGUGAAAACAAUCUCACAUUUGACAUUUCUUGUGCUGUAAAGGAAGGAAAAUAAUCUUUCACAAUCCACUGUUGUUCUCAAUUGAUGAAACUUGACAGCCUGUCAAGAAAAUCCUGUCAUUAUAACAAAAAUGAUUGUACUUCUACUAGAAAGGGGGGGCGGGGAGUGGGAAGCGUGGCAGGAGGGAAGAGAAACAUUGAUUUUAGCUUCUGUAAGGCUAGCUCCAGAUAGUUCGGCUCCCUCCGUUUUUUCUUUAUAUCUCUCUAUUUUUAAUCUUCUGCACAAGAUGACUGAGAAUAGAAGUGUGUUGCUGUUUCAUGGGAAAUAAUAAUUUUAUCACUCAUGCAGGCUAUCCAUGCCCUUUGGCAGAAAGGAGUUUUAUCUGAACGUGACCUGUGAACCAAAUUUUACCUUCAGUUGAUGUUGUCAGCAUGUUAAAAAUUCUAUACAGAGUGGUUGUCAUGGCCAUACAUCAAAAACCUGUAAUGGCAGAGAGUAGCAGUCCCAGUGUCAAUGGAUUCUCUUGUUCCAUAUCUUGAACCCAGCUUAGUGGCUCACCUGUCUGUCCCAUGCUUCUCCUAGUCUCUGUCCUCAGCAAGUGUCCUUGGAGGGGUGGCUGGUAGUAAACUCCUGCAAAUUGUUUCACCUGGUCUCAUCCUGUGUAAGCAGUAUUGCUUGCAAAUUAUACAUUAUUAUUAGUCAUCACUUGCGAGUUCUGUUUUGAGCUUCUCUAGUAUUUCGAAAGCACAUUUGUUUCGGGGACAUGAAAAGUGUUUCAGAUUAGGACUGUAAUCCAAAAGUACUCCUUUAAAGGUAAAGGGAUCCCUGACCGUUAGCUCCAGUCGCGAAUGACUCUGGGGUUGCGGUGCUCAUCUCGCUUUACUGGCCGAGGGAGCCAAACAGUUUUUCCGGGUCACGUCGCCAGCGUGACUAAGCCACUUCUGGUGAACCAGAGCAGCACACAGAAACGCCGUUUACCUUCCCACCGGAGCGGUAUCUAUUUAUCUACUUGCACUUUGAUGUGUUUUCGAACUGCUAGGUUGGCAGGAGCAGGGACCGAGCAACGGGAGCUCACUCCGUCACGGGGAUUCGAACCGCCGACCUUCUGAUCAGCAAGCCCUAGGCUCUGUGGUUUAGACCACAGCGCCACCCGUGUCCCAAGUAUCCGUUUAGGCUCCUGCAAAGUUUUGAUGCAUAGUAAAGGGUGCCAAUUCUUUGCUUUAUAUCUUUUAACAGCUGCCAGUCAUGCUGAAGUAUAGCAACUGUAAAGAUUCCCUUGCUGGAAAAGUUUCUUAAUCCUAGUACACUGGGCUUUCUUAGUCCCUCCCUUCCUCCUGAAAUCGCUGCCCCUGUGACAACCAUUCCUUGUGCUUUAUUGGAGACUACUUCCAAAUUUCUAGAGCUCAUAGUCUCUGCCCAGCUGCAUGUGGAAUCAUAGAAAACACUGUAAAACUGCAAAGGCAUUAGAACUGUGAAUUUGAGGAGUUCAGGUCACAUUGAAGUAUUAAAGCAUUUUGCCCCUUUGGUUUUGAUCCUGGUAAUUGCCAGAAAAGAAUACUUCUAAAGAAAAUUGCAGCUUGGUUUCAAAGCUUUAUGAUAAAACUAUUUCCCCCUCCCCCUGCCAAGUCACUUCAAAUUCACAACUAAACUUAAUUCACUUUCAGUCUUGCGCAGAAAAUUGUCAGCUUGGGGGUGCCAUUCAUUUGUUUUAGGUACCUUCUGCAUUUAAAGUUGUACCACAGUGAAACAAAGUGUUACUUCUUAGUGAUCGAUUACUGUAUUUUUUGCUCUAUAAGACUCACUUUUUCCCUUCUAAAAAGUAAGGGGAAAUGUGUGUGCGUCUGAUGGAGCGAAUGCAGGCUGCGCAGCUACCCCAGAAGCCAGAACAGCAAGAGAGAUUGCUUCUUUCACUGCAUAGCGAUCCCCCUUGCUGUUCUGGCUUCUAUGAUUCAGAAUAUUUUUUUUCUUGUUUUCCUCCUCCAAAAACUAGGUGCGUCUUGUGGUCUGGUGCGUCUUAUAGAGCGAAAAAUACGGUACAUUGAUAACUUUCAUGUGGUGCAGGCUUAAUUCAUUGUGUAGAUGAGAGUGAGUAAACUUUGUGGACUAAUAGAUCUUGUAAGAAAACUGAACAGGCUGGUUGAUAUAAAAAGGCAGCUUUUUCUUUUUUUAAAAAAAGCUUUUUCAGACAAAAGGGAGGAAAAGAAGCUCAAGAAUACAGAGUCUUUAAAAGGCAGUCUGUGGAGAUGUGUCAAAAUUCUAGAGUGGGGUUGGGGACAGUUUAUCUUUCUGUGGGUUUAGCUGCAGAUUGUCUGAGUAGUUGGCAGCCUUGACAGUGUUUGGAGCAAUAUUGUAAGCUGGAGGCAAGCUACUUGAGUUCAAGUUGCCUAUAAGCAUAUUCUCUUGGUUGCAUUAGCAUGCAACAUUAAGCCUAGUUACACCUGGGCAUGAAUGAGCAAUGUGCUAGUAGUGUAUAGAGAGAAAUGGGGGUUGCUUACCCCCCCGGAAAAAACCCUGUUCCUGCUGCUGUGGUACCAGGAGCUAAGCCACAGUUUGGUUGGGCUUAGCAUUACAUCCAACUCAGGCUCAUGGUUUGUGUCCAUCUCCAAACCAGCAGUAAGCAAAAACCAGCUCGUGAUAAGCAUGAGCCCAUGUUCCGACGUAACAUGAACACAUGACUUGGUUACUGGUAGUAGUGCUGCAGCAGCAGGAGAGGGGGAAGAGGAAAAGUGACUAUUCACAGUAGUGCAAAUGGAUUUCACAAUGUUUGUAGACAUCAAAGCCUUGCUUAUAUACUGGGAAAUGUGGGCAUGAUCUCUUUUGCAUCAAUUAGCUACGAGCCUUUACAGCCAGCUUAGUUAAGAAGCAGCGCUUCCCCAUACAAGUAAGAUAGUGGCAGUGUUAUUUGACUGCCCUUGAUACACAGCACCACCCUAACAGUUGCAACUGCAAAUGGAUUUUUUAAAAAGCAAAAUAAAAUUUUGGGCUUGAAAGGAUGCCUGCUUUCCUUGGCAAGCUUUUCCCCCUGCGUGUUGGGAUUUGAUGUGACAUCUGGGCAUGGAACAGAGGAAAUGGGGAGGAAGCAGCAGAGCGAUUUCUUACCCUGCUUGUGUGUAAUUAAAGGGCAUGCCUCCUGGGACACAGGCAUAAAGGAACCCCAGGCCCUGCCAUGAAUUAACAUGGCUUACUGCUGAACCAAAAGUGGGCUUGACAGUUGCCAGAAGGCUGCAGCCGUAAUAGCCCACCUACUGGCUAGAGAGUUUAAUGGACUCCUCUUGCAGCUCCAAAACACCAGAUCUGUCCAAGACGAUCCACUCACUCCUCCUCUUUUCUGCCAUGCAACAGAGUUGGAUCUGUUCUUGUAGCAAGGCAAGCAAAGCUGCCUCCUGCCCUGAAGCCAGGAGAGCCUGCCUUGAACUCUGCUUUGUGAAGUGGAAAAUAUCCCAAAGUGCUGUGUUAAGAAGGGAGGGAGGGGUGGAAUUACAAGCUGUAAAAGCCUGACCUAAUACUGACAUCCUGAUGCGGGCCUUUUGUUUGAAGCUGUGGAAUGCUUGGCUCGAAUUUCAGGGAAAGAAUUUCAGGACCUACUUGUGCUUUAUUGAGAGGCUGGAGGGACAGCAAGGCCAAAAAAGCAUUUCUGCUGAGGUGCCAUGAGUGCCAAUUGCGCAGAACCCAUUUUUCUUUUUAGAGAUGCUGGAAAAGCUUGUUUUCAAUAUUUUCCUUUAGUGCACAUAGUAAAGUAUGUAACAGCUUUAUUUUAUGCGAUAAGGCAGUCUACCUUUCCUCUUUAAAGUUCUCUUAAGUUUAUUUAUUAAAUUUGUAUACCACCCUUCAUGGGCAGUUCACAGCAUAAAAAUACAAGAUUAAAAACACAAAAUACAUAAGAACAACAACAAACCACCACCCCCAUUUAUAAUAGGAUAAAGGGUGUCAUUCAGCCAAAGGUCUGCUUGUGUGGAUUUUCUGCAUGUAUCAACUUUCUAUGUGUGUUUCUAUUUUUGUUUUCUAGGUGUUCAAUACUUGCUUGCAGUGCUUAUGUGGCUCUGGCCCUGGGGGACAACCUUAUGGCUUUGAAUCAUGCAGACAAACUUCUCCAGCAGCCCAAACUGUCAGGAUCCCUUAAGUAAGCUUGCCCUGGUCAAUUUCUUUUACAGCACUUUUACAUUUAGUUUCCAUAUAUAGUGUGUAGGCAUGUAUGACCUCAAGUUAUGCCAUAACUGCUCACAUAAUAGUUGGGAUUCUUUUCAUCUAUGAAGUGCCAAAAAAAUAAUAUUAUUCUCCUCCCCUGAUCAGUGGAAAAAAUAGACCACCACAUGAUAAAGUGAGAGACAAUUUAUAUUUACACCUGGCUUUGAAGAUGUUUUGCAAUUCUGUAUAUUACUGUUAUAUAUAUAUUAUACGCGGGUGGCGCUGUGGGUAAAACCUCAGUGCCUAGGACUUGCCGAUCGUAUGGUCAGUGGUUCGAAUCCCCGCGGCGGGGUGAGCUCCCGUCGUUCGGUCCCAGCUCCUGCCCACCUAGCAGUUCGAAAGCACUCUUAAGUGCAAGUAGAUAAAUAGGGACCGCUUUAUAGCAGGAAGGUAAACGGCGUUUCCGUGUUCUGCACUGGUGCUGGCUCGCCAGCUGCAGCUUCGUCACGCUGGCCACGUGACCCGGAAGUGUCUUCGGACGGCGCCGGCUCCUGGCCUCUAGAGCGAGAUGAGCACGCAACCCUAGAGUUGGUCACGACUGGCCCGUACGGGCAGGGGUACCUUUACCUUAUAUUACUAUAAUACUAAAUUGAUGAAAGAGGUUCUCAAUCCCUUCAGUUUUGUCUUCUUGCCCCUUCAGAUUCAAAGGAGUACGGAAUGGCUUUGGAAGUUGCGAGAGUUGCAAUUAGGCACCUCCAGCUCCAAAUGGUCCAAACAAUUACUAUUUUAUACAAGUAUCCUCUUACACUUAAUUUUUAAUGUGGGGUUUCUUAGCUGCAGUAGGGCAGUCACUCAGAGAGAGACAUCCAUGCAGUAGCUUGAUGUGACUUGUUGCCAGAUUGACCUUUGCAACUGUGCGCGCUCUUGCUUUCUGCAGGUUCCUUGGGCAUUUGUAUGCUGCAGAGGCUCUCAUCUCUCUAGACAGAAUCUCUGAUGCCAUUACUCACUUGAACCCGGAGAAUGUCACUGAUGUGUCCCUGGGGAUUUCUUCAAACGAGCAGGAUCAAGGUUAAUGAGUCCAUACUUGAUUAGAACCGGUCAUGCUUUCAACUGCCUUCCUGCUGUAACUUGUAACAGCUCUACAUUUUAAUGCACUGUUAUAAAGGCUAUAGCCGCUUGCAGAGUUCCUAGAAUCUAUAUAUUUCAGUUUAACUGCCCCUAGAAUGCUGCUUCCUUUUUCUCUAAUCUUAAUAUUGUUAACUUCAAUUUGGGCUGUGAACUCUUGGAAUCCCCAGCUAUGCCUUAACAUUGUAUGCACUGUCCGCAAUGCAAAAUACAUGUGGAAUGCAAAAACAGAUUUCCAAGUAUGCCUGUAUCUGUAUUCGUCAUAUUUGCACUGAAUGUUGAUGAAAUAUUCAGUAACAUAACCAGAUUGACUGGAAUGGGGGUCAUGAAUGAUCUUUAAAUUGUUGUUUGUCUAAAGCAUAUGUUGUGUUAAAAUGUUGAUUUCACUAAACGAUGCUUUCCUGCUUGUAUUCUCCGCAGGAUCUGAGAAAGGAGAAAAUGAAGCAAUGGAAUCCUGUAAGUACUCACCUCCCUGUUUACUCUGUGUAAUUACAUAUGUGAAAUUAUGCCUUAAGUGCAAGACUGGAUAAAAAACUUUGUCUCUGUGCUUCCUUUACUGAGGAGCAGGGUGAGCUAUAAAUCCAGUAAAUGCUUGUGUCCUUUCUGCAGUGUGUUGCAUGAACCCGUCAACAUUGCUGCUUAAGUCCCUUAGCUAAUAAAGCAGCUGUUGUACCUAAGAAGUACAUUUCGUAGAAGAGUUAGAGGGGAACCCUUCCUAGGGCUCCCUUUUUAUUUCUGGCAUCACCUGACUUGUUACAUAUUUUAGCCUAGAGAUCUUUUAUUCCAGUUAAGGAGCUACUUUUAAAUUAAAACCAUGGGGACCGUCACUCAGGGCAUAGGACUCGUGGGAGGGCUUGUAUAAUGAAUGCGAGGUUCAUAAAUUCAGCUCUGCCACAAACGAGAAACCAUGCAUCCAUUAGCUCACCAUAUAACCACCUUCCUCCUUCCGGCCUUUAUUAUAUAUUGCAUGUUUUCAGAGCAGAGUAGCUCCAGCUGGUGCAAGCAAGUGAUCCAAGCUCCAUACCAAAGGAAAUGGCUUUGAUACUCUGCUGCUGAAAAUACUGAUGGGACACUGGUGUGCAAACACCUAAAAGCAGUUUUCCUUUCUGCAUUGUAAAUAUGCAUCUUGGAGCUGUUGCUAAUAGAAGCUCCCCAGACAAGUUGUUGUAAAAAUUUGGAGAUGCAUAUCCCCAUUUCUAGCUUAAGUUUAAAGCCGUACUUGAUACACUAAGCAUUGUUUUUACUUAGGUACAUGGUAAGCCAAUGUGGGCUUCCCCCAAAAGUGUAAGCACACAGGCUCCAGUGAAGGCGAUUGUAUUUGUUUUACUUCUCCCCAGUAGUUCUGCUGUGCUGCAACUUGUCAUCCAGACCCAGACUUGAGGUUUAGCUCUCAGCAGUUAUAUAUAUAUAUAACAAAGGUGUUUUUUCCCCUGUGGCUUAUGGUUCAUGGUUUAUCUAUGACAGCUAAUCCAUGAGUCUCAUUUUGGAUGACACACUAAGCUAAAUCCAGCCACGACUUCCCUCAGUGUUGCAGCAGAACAACUAGGGUAGACCAGGUUGUGAUCUCUUAGCCAGGAGCUCAUGCAUUUGUGCUAAGCCAUGUGCAGACUGGGCCAUUGGCCACUGGUAAUUGCAAACAAUCUUAAAUUUAAUUACAGUGGUGCCUCGCAAGACGAAAUUAAUUCGUUCUGCGAGUUUUUUCGUCUUGCGAAGCACGGUUUUAACAGUAUUAACGGUUUUAAGAAAAAGGAAACAAACUCGCAAGACGUUUUCGUCUUGCGAAGCAAGCCCAUAGGGAAAUUCGUCUUGCGAAGCAACUCAAAAAACGAAAAACUCUUUCGUCUUGCGAGGUACCACUGUAUUCAUCUUGACAAGUAAUGUGUUUUUGCAUCUUUUGUAAGCUGGCAAGCAAACCCCACAAUGUUACCCCAGUUCUGUCACAUCUGCACGGACCAUGAUGCUGUUCAACCUUGGAAGCGCCUACUGCUUGAGAAGCGAGUACGACAAAGCACGGAAGUGUCUGCACCAGGUGAGUCUUGUGGCAUUUUCACUAGGGGAAACCACCCAAAUACAACAAACUGUAAUAUCAUGGUCCCACAAGUUGUUCUGAUAGUUUUCCUUGUCAAAGCACAAGGUUUUCUCACCCACGGUAAUCAAACGUUAACCUGUGAUGGACUGGGUGGAAAAACAACACUUUUAAUCAAAAAUCCCUGGUGCCGAUUCCUUUUUAUAAGUUGGAAAAAUCCUUUGUCUCCCAAAUGACAAAGCAAUGCUUCGUUCAGAAGACAGAAAGCCACUGCCUCUAGCGAAGUUUUUUUUGCAUUUGCAAUAAUUUAAGGCACAGUCUAAAGUGGAGGGCUUUCUUUCAUACAUUAAUUCAACUUUUUAUGUUUUUAUUUUGGUAUAAGGCUGCCUCACUGAUUCAUCCGAAAGAGAUCCCACCCGAGGCCAUCUUGCUGGCUGUAUACCUUGAACUUCAGAAUGGUAAGUUGCAAACCCAAAUCUUCCUGAAUGUACAUUGCUAUUUCUUGAUAUGGAAGAAAGUCUGUAAAACAUAAGGUUUAGAAGUCGUGUGUGACUUUCAGAACCCCUGCCACAGCCCAAGCACCUUGGAUUAUAUUCGCCUGACAGAAAGGCUCGUCUGUGGAAAAGGGAGGGUUGUUUUUGGCACUCACUCCCCUAACUCUGUGGAAGGCUAUUUAUAGAGUAACACAAAAUCUAUAUUUUAAGUCUGAAAUUGUUUUCUAGGAAACACACAGCUGGCACUGCAGAUCAUCAAAAGAAACCAGCUUCUUCCUACAGUGAAAAUGCUCUCUGAGAUGCGGAAGAGGCCUGUGUUUCAGCCAACACACCUGGUCCAGCCUAUUCAAAUGCCUGCAUUCACCUCUGCUCAGAGGAAGUGAAGAAGCUGUGGUGAAAAUUGGCCCUUUGAGGGACCACUUGGAAAUUUUGUAAUUAUAUAUAUAUAUAAACAUUUGUGGUACCUGCAUAUGAUGUUCUGAAGUGUGUUGGUUUGAAUUUUUAAUUAAAACAAAAAAAUAUAUAUCAUACUGUAGAUUCUUUUUAUCCCUUUCUCCAGCAUUCGUUCUGCUUGUCAGUUGCGUGGCUUGGCACUUGUGAUGCUGUAUAAUUAAAAGAUACAGAGCAAACAUACAGAUCUCAAAAGAUUUGGCUGCACUAUAUGUAUAGAGUAACCCUUUGGAACUUUCCCCCCCAUCUACUUAGGAGGCAUGAAAUACACCUUUUCAUGCUUUUGCUGCAUGCCUAAGUAGGUUUACCUUGUAUAUAUGGUAUGAGCCCACGCAGAUCAAGGUGUUAGCUCUGCUCUGUUAGCAUUGCCUUGUUGCAUUCAGGAGGAUUAAGUUACGGUAUGACCAAACUGUACCUGCAGCUAGCUGAAUACCCCACCACAUUGGGGUGUCUGCUGGUAAAACACUUUCCAUCAUAGAAGUGCAGGGCUUUUCCUAUAGAGGAUGCAUUAAAGCACAUUAACUAGAAAAAAAACAUCAGUUAGCAAGAGGUAGCAAGUAAUAGGCUAACCUGCUUUCCAGCGUUGAGUCCAUAUGAAUUUGCUGAUACUAUCCUUGUUGGUUUUUGGUAUACAUGCAUUUGAAAGAAGGGUGGGGAGAAAUGGAAGACAAACCACAAUUGAAGUGAAACUCACAUUUAUUUGAUUAAACAAAAAUAAAAUAAACUGCAUAGAAACAUUU